CAGAGCUGUGCCUGCGCUGGGACCAGGAGAGAGAGAGAGAGAGAAAAGGACGGAGCUGCUCUGAAGAACUACAUUUAAAAGAGGAAGCUGAACGUAGUCUGUUCAGGUCUGAAAGCCGGGAACGCGCUCAGAGGAAAGUGCAGCCAGCCAGAAGCGGAGCAUUGGAACUGCCAGCCAGAAAAGAAGAAUUGGUAAAAGAAACCACAGGCAGACAGCAGAGAAAAUCAAUCAUUCGUUUACUUCUCAAUAUGGGAGAAAAAUAAAAAUCCUUCACAUGACCUCCUGAAGUCUAAAAGCAUUGUUUCCUGUGUUUUAUUUAUGCAUUCUUUUGAAAAACAUGAAUCACAGCAACAGGCUUUAAACUGAAAUCUCUGAAUAAAAGAGUCAUGUAAACGUCACAAUUUGGAAUUAAGCACUUCCUGCAAUAAAGCUGAGAAAAAUGUGUCCCAAAAUAUCAAACUGUGUGGCUCCUUUCGCCAUCCUCCUCAUUGUCCUUUCACGGCCCUCAUGGAGCAGCAAGGAAUAUGUCAGUUUUCCCAUCCAGAAUCGGGACUGGACACUCAACCACUUGGCUGUUCAUAGUAUAACAGGGAAUGUUUAUGUUGGAGCCGUCAAUUGGAUUUACAAACUGUCGAGCAACUUAACGCUGUUAUUGAAGCAUGAAACCGGUCCAGAGGAGGAUAACAAAUCUUGCUAUCCUCCACUGAUUGUUCAGCCUUGUAAUGAACCCUUGACAAUGACUAACAAUGUAAACAAAUUGCUUCUUAUUGAUUAUUCCGAAAAUAGGUUGCUGGCCUGUGGGAGUCUCUUUCAGGGUGUUUGCAAACUCCUGCGACUGGAUGAUCUCUUUAUUUUGGUAGAACCUUCUCAUAAGAAGGAACACUACUUAUCGAGUGUUAAUGAAACAGGGACAAUGUAUGGUGUAAUUGUCACAUCUGAGGGAUCAGACAGCAAGCUCUUUAUUGGAACUGCAGUGGAUGGCAAGCAAGACUAUUUUCCAACUAUUUCAAGCAGGAAAUUGCCACAGGAUCCUGAAUCUUCUGCUAUGUUUGAUUAUGUGUUACAUAGUGAUUUUGUUGCUUCCUUGAUUAAAAUCCCAUCAGACACCCUGGCUCUGGUGUCUCACUUUGACAUAUUUUACAUUUAUGGUUUUAGCAAUGGAAAUUUUGUGUAUUUUUUAACAGUGCAACCAGAAACUGAAGGAGUUACUGGAUCCACAAAUGAUCAGUUCUAUACUUCCAGAAUUGUGCGUUUAUGCAAAGAAGAUGCCAAAUUCCAUUCGUAUGUUUCACUCCCUAUGGGCUGCAUAAAGAAUGGAAUUGAAUAUCGCCUUUUGCAAGCUGCGUAUUUGUCAAAACCAGGAAGUGUUCUGGCAAAAUCUUUAAAUAUUUCUACGGAUGAUGACGUUUUGUUCACUAUAUUCUCAAAAGGUCAAAAGCAAUAUAAGCACCCACCAGAUGAGUCAGCACUCUGUGUGUUUGUUGUGAAAUAUAUUAAUCAACAGAUAAAGGACAGACUACAGUCAUGUUACCGUGGUGAGGGGAAUCUGGAACUGAACUGGUUACUGGGAAAGGAUGUCCGCUGCACCCAUGCGCCAGUUCCAAUUGAUGAUGACUUUUGUGGAUUGGAUAUAAACCAACCCCUUGGGGGCUCUGUGCUUGUGGAAGGCAUAGCAGUUUUCACAGAGGAUAGGGACCGAAUGACAUCUGUUGCAUCCUAUGUCUACAAUGAUCACUCCGUGGUUUUCGUAGGAACUAAGAGUGGGAAACUUAAAAAGAUUCGUGUUGAUGGUCCACCCAAUGAUGGUGCUCACUAUGAGACUAUUCAUGUCAUGCUGGACAGAAGAAUGAUUCUGAGGGAUAUGGGCUUCUCUACAGAUCAACAGUACCUUUACAUCAUGUCAGAGCGACAACUGUCAAGGGUGCCAGUGGAAUCGUGCGAACAGUACAAGACAUGCAGCAAGUGUCUAAGUUCUGGGGACCCUCACUGUGGUUGGUGUGUGCUUCACAACAUGUGCUCACGGAGAGACAAGUGCGAGCGAGCCACUGAGCCUUAUCGAUUUGCCGCUAGUAUUGAUCAGUGCGUGAAACUCAGCAUCCAGCCAAACAGUAUCUCUGCAUCCGAGCACAGUGUACCGCUUAUUCUGAAAGUUAGCGAUGUUCCAGAUCUUUCUGCUGGCGUUGUUUGUGCAUUCGGAGGAUUGACCGAGGUAGAUGGUCAGACAAUCGGUGACAAGAUAAUGUGCAUUUCACCAGCAGCUAAAGAUGUACCUCCCAUUCUUGCAGAUCAAGAUUGGAUUGGGGUGAGCCUUCAGCUGAAGUCUAGAGAGACUGGAAAGAUGUUUGCCAGCACUGAAUUUAAAUUCUUCAACUGCAGCGUUCAUCAGCUGUGUCUAUCGUGUGUGACUAGUGCAUUUCGCUGUCAUUGGUGUAAAUAUCGAAAUCUUUGCACUCAUGAUCCUAGCAUUUGCUCUUUCCAGGAGGGACGGGUCAAUGCAUCAGAGGAUUGUCCACAGCUGGUGCCCUCAGAUGAGAUUCUUAUCCCAGUUGGAGAGGUGAAACCAAUCACAUUAAAGGCACGGAACCUGCCACAGCCGCAGUCUGGGCAACGGGGAUAUGAAUGUAUACUCAAUGUACAAGGAGUAACCCAACGAGUGCCAGCUCUCCGAUUCAACAGUUCGAGUGUUCAGUGCCAAAACAGUUCGUACCACUAUGAUACAAUGGACAUCAGCGACCUGCCCAUUGAGUUUUCAGUGGUGUGGAAUGGUAACUUCAUCAUUGACAAUCCAGCAGACAUCAAAGUUCACCUGUACAAGUGUGACGCACUGAGAGAAAGCUGUGGUCUUUGCCUGAAAGCGAACCAGAAGUUUGAGUGUGGCUGGUGUAGUGGUGAGGGACGAUGUACUCUGAGGCAACAUUGCCCCAUUGCUGCUUCUCAAUGGUUGGAUCUAUCCAGCAAAAACAUGAAGUGCACCAAUCCUCGUAUUACAAAAGUAACACCAAUGUCUGGCCCACAGGAAGGCGGGACUCGGGUUACAAUCCAUGGAGUGAAUCUUGGCCUGGAUUUUUUGGACAUUGCUAAUAAUGUGCGUGUGGCAGGAGUGCAGUGUAUCCCACUGCUAGAUGGAUAUGUCAUCGCUGAACAAAUUGUGUGUGAAAUGGGGGAGGCAAGGCCUCACAGAGAAUCUGGUCCUGUGCAGCUCUGCGUGGGGGAGUGCAAGCCUGAAUUUAUGACCGAGUCAUCUCAGCAGUAUACCUUUGUGAAGCCCUCACUGGAAGAUCUGAAACCAAAUCGAGGCCCGGAGUCUGGGGGAACAAUGGUAACAAUAACUGGAAGAUAUCUUGGAGCCGGCAGCAAUGUCAAUGUAUUGUUUGGGAAUCAAACUUGCGAGUUUUACAGGAGAUCUCUAUCUGAAGUUGUUUGCAUCUCUGCUCCGUCUCUUCAUGGUACUGGGCCUGUGCGAGUUUCAGUGAGUGUUGAUCGUGCUCAGAUGGAGGAUAGCUUGUACUUUGAAUUUAUUGAUGAUCCUACUGUCCUGCGGAUUGAACCGGAAUGGAGUAUUGCCAGUGGCAAUACUUCUCUAACUGUGUUUGGAACAAACUUGGAUAUAAUCCAGGAGCCACGGAUUCGUGUGAAGCAUAACAACCGGGAAUCUCUUAAUGUAUGUGAAGUACUGAAUUCAACAACCAUGACUUGCCGUGCCCCAGCUCUUACACACGAAUACAGACCUGGAGUAGACACUGUGGAACGGCCAGAUGAGUUUGGUUUUGUCUUUGACAACGUGCAGGCGCUGCUUAUCUACAAUAAUACAAAUUUCAUCUUCUACCCCAACCCGACAUUUGAACCUCUGAGUACGACAGGCAUGUUGGAACAGAAGCCAGGCUCCCCUAUUAUACUGAAAGGUCGGAACCUUUUGCCUCCAGCUGCUGGUGGAGCAAAGCUGAAUUAUACUGUAUUGAUUGGUGACACUCCUUGUGCUGUCACUGUUUCCGAGACACAGUUACUCUGUGAACCUCCAAAUUUAAGUGGACAGCUUAGAGUCCUGGUCCAAGUAGGUGGACUGCAGUUCUCCCCCGGAAUGGUUCAUGUCAUAUCUGACAGCCUGCUCACCCUGCCAGCCAUUAUCAGCAUCGCAGCAGGUGGUGGUCUUCUGCUUGUCAUUGUGGUCAUUGUUCUGAUUGCCUACAAACGAAAGUCAAGGGAGAAUGAUCUGACCCUGAAACGACUGCAGAUGCAGAUGGAUAAUCUUGAAUCACGUGUUGCUUUGGAAUGCAAAGAAGCAUUUGCAGAACUUCAAACAGAUAUUAAUGAGUUAACCAGUGACUUGGAUCGAGCUGGAAUUCCUUAUCUUGACUACAGGACAUAUGCAAUGCGAGUACUAUUUCCUGGAAUUGAGGAUCAUCCAGUGCUACGGGAGCUGGAGGUUCCAGGAAAUGGGCAGCAAAACGUGGAGAAAGCACUGAAACUCUUUGGACAACUCAUUAACAACAAGGUUUUCUUGUUGACUUUCAUUCGGACACUGGAAUUGCAGCGGAGCUUUUCAAUGAGAGACCGUGGAAAUGUGGCAUCUCUGAUCAUGACUGCGCUGCAAGGCAAACUAGAAUAUGCCACAGAUGUUCUCAAGCGACUACUGUCGGACCUUAUUGAGAAAAACCUUGAAAGCAAGAACCAUCCAAAAUUGUUACUUCGCAGGACUGAAUCAGUGGCUGAGAAAAUGUUGACAAAUUGGUUUGCAUUCCUCCUUCAUAAAUUCCUCAAGGAGUGUGCAGGAGAGCCUCUCUUCAUGCUGUACUGUGCCAUUAAACAACAGAUGGAGAAGGGACCAAUUGAUGCAAUCACAGGCGAAGCACGCUACUCAUUGAGUGAGGAUAAAUUGAUCCGACAACAAACUGAAUACAAGACUCUAAUUUUAAACUGUGUGAAUCCAGAGAAUGAGAACAGCCCAGAGAUUCCAGUGAAGGUGCUGAAUUGUGAUACAAUCACCCAAGUUAAAGAGAAAAUCCUCGACUCCAGCUAUAAAAACGUGCCCUACUCUCAGCGCCCUCGGGCAGUUGAUAUGGACCUAGAGUGGCGUCAGGGACGAAUGGCUCGAGUUGUUCUCCAAGAUGAAGACAUUACCACUAAGAUUGAAAAUGACUGGAAACGCUUGAACACUUUGCUGCACUAUCAGGUGUCUGAUCGCUCAGUUGUUGCUCUGGUCCCUAAACAGACUUCUUCAUACAAUGUUCCAACCACAACCAGUAUGUGCAGGACGUCCAUUAGCCGCUAUGACUCCACCUUACGGUACACGGGAAGCCCUGACAGUCUGCGCUCUAGGGCUCCAAUGAUUACCCCAGAUUUAGAGAGUGGUGUUAAAGUGUGGCAUCUAGUAAAGAACCAUGACCAUGGAGAUCAGAAGGAGGGUGACCGUGGCAGCAAGAUGGUAUCCGAAAUCUAUCUGACAAGACUGCUAGCAACAAAGGGCACUCUACAGAAGUUUGUAGAUGACCUGUUUGAAACACUGUUCAGCACAGUACACCGUGGCAGUGCCUUGCCACUUGCCAUUAAAUAUAUGUUUGAUUUCCUGGAUGAGCAGGCUGACAGACAUGUUAUCCAUGACACCGAUGUUAGGCACACAUGGAAGAGUAACUGUUUACCAUUACGAUUUUGGGUCAACGUGAUUAAGAACCCACAGUUCGUGUUUGACAUUCACAAGAGCAGUAUUACAGACGCAUGUCUAUCUGUUGUGGCACAGACAUUCAUGGACUCUUGUUCUACAUCUGAACAUCGGCUCGGCAAGGACUCCCCAUCCAAUAAAUUGCUAUAUGCCAAGGAUAUUCCCAACUAUAAGAGCUGGGUUGAGAGGUAUUACGCUGAUAUUGCCAAAAUGUCCGCAAUUAGCGAUCAAGACAUGAAUGCUUACCUGGCAGAGCAAUCCCGUUUGCACGUCAAUGAGUUUAACAUGCUGAGUGCAUUGAAUGAAAUCUACUCUUAUGUGACCAAAUACAGUGAAGAGAUAACUGCUGCCUUGGAACAAGAUGAGCAAGCACGCAGACAGCGUCUGGCAUAUAAAGUUGAGCAGCUGAUUGUUGCCAUGUCGCUAGAGAGUUGAGAACAAAAUUUUCACGAACUCGUGGCUGAAUAGUGAACUCAAUGGAGAAAGUCAUAAGAUGGGGAGAGUAAAGCGUGGAUCUUGUGGUUAAUUGCAAUGUCCAAAGUUGCACAAUAUCAAGUGGCCGGCAUGGCAGUUUAUUUUCAAAAUGUUUUGGAUACCUCUCUAUUUUGUUUUUCUCUGGUAUGGCCAUGUUCAGAAUACUACCUUUAGAUGACUUGCAACCCAGGUGCGAUGACCUUGAGUACAAUGGUUUAUGUUUACAAAGAACAACCUUUGGGAGCUACAGCUAUAUUUGUGGUGUGUUUACUGAUAAUUUGAAUAGGGGCUGAUGCAAAUGAACAAUGCAGGCAGUUUUAUGUGGCCAUGAGCAAGAAAGGACAUGUUUUACCCAUGCUACGGAAUUCUACCUAACCCACUGUAAGGAGUAAAUUGCAAUCGCAGCAGCAGCAUGCACAAUUGGAUAACCAAAACCUCAUCCACCAAAAUGAUACUGGUUAGAGGCAGCAGUGUUUUCACUGCAACUUAGAAAGGAAGAACAGCAGACUUCACACGUCAAGAUGUAUCUCUUGGGAUCCAGAAUCUUGCCUUUCUUAAAUUAGUGCCAUCCCUGCCUCAUAACAUUAAGGACGUUAAUGAACUUGACAAUACUGAUACAAAUCAUAAAUGCACAUAUGGGAGACAAGCAGUCACCCCAAAGGUUUGUCAAUUUUUUAAAUUUAAUGUGUAUUUCUGUUUUUGUUUUAAGAAACAAAGUUUCGUCAGUGCUGCUAUUUAGCCAAACUCUUCCAUAUUGUAACAACAGUCAGUAACGGUCAAUGUCAGGUUCAUACAGGGCUUUCUUCUUUAUUCUAACUUGCUGAAUGUAAUACCAUGGCUCAGUAGGAAACUCAAAGAAAUUGUACUUGAAGAUCUGUCAUCUUCACACGUUCGAUAAUCCUGUAAAUCACAAUCAUGUCAUUUAGUGAUUCCUACCACAGUGCGUAAUUUCACCUUUACAAGACAUUAUAUGUUUAAUGGGUUUUCUACCAAACUGUGGUGUGAAAUAAAAGAAAGGAAAUUGGAGAAAUUUCUCAUCCUAGCUGGAGAUUUGCUUUAUUUUUUAUCCUUUUCAUCAAAACAAAUCACCAUGAAGGAGUUAACAAGCAAGAAUAUUGGUCAAGCUCCAGCUCAAGAAACAAGAUUCCUCACCCGACAUCAAUCGCGUGUAGAAUUCUACAUCAGUAAAAUCUGAUUUAGAUGGUGUUGCUGAAUAAAGAGGUGAAAAUGAAACAGCUGUCAAUCCACGUGAGAGGUGCGGUUAUCUUCAGUGAGAGCAUCGUAGAGUUAUCAAGACAUGGCAAAUGACCUGAUCAUUUCAAGUCUGUUUCGAAGACAGCUAUGUUUGUUGAAUAUCAGUAUUGUUAGCAUCCAUGUAUGUACGUUGUUGGAUUUAGAAGCUGCCAGUCAAGUAGUUAUGCUUUAAUUCAUGAGAUUUUGGUUCUCGGAUGACUGAUGAGAUCAUGUAAGCCAUCAGUGUACCCUUUAGUGCAUUUUUGCUGUCUUCUGUCCUCUUACCUUGGUCACUUACUAUCCUUAUCUCACUUUACCUUUGGAAAAAUGGACAGAUAUGUCCCAGGCUUCUCCAAUAUUCUCAUUGUGAAUACAUUUAUUGGUCAGCCUAGCAGAAGAUGCCAGUUAGAAAACAAACUGGAAAGGACUGGCUUCUGACUCACAUGAGAUGCUUUGCUUCCCAAUUUACGUUUGAAUGCGUAAAGUUGAAACCUGCCAAAUGUUGUAGAUAGUGCAGGCUAUCUGUAAUUUAGAAGGAAGACCUAGGUGGUGUGAAGCAAGCAUCCUGAGUGCUUUGCUACCAAAGAUUUUAUUUUAAAUAUUUUUGAAUAUGAAUCUACAAAAUGGGUACAGUCUCUUGACAUCAAAUAUCUACAGCAAUUGUGUAAAAAUCUUUCCAAAACUGCUUUCUUUUUCCUAUUUUGCAUUGAAGAAACCAAAGGUUUUAAAAGUGCAUGUCCUAGUGCCACAAAGUGUAUAAACUUUGUAAAUAUUGAUCUUACCUCGUUGUGGGAAUGAAAAACCCAGAACUGCUUUUUAUUGCUGUUGUGCUUGGUCCUCUAGUAAUACAAAGAUGUGGAUAGUGUUAUUUGCACUUUUGUGAGAAGAUGUUCUACAGUGUUUUAACAUGGUUCAAUCUGAUGUUUCUAAUGUGUGGAGCAGUAACAAAAACAAAACAAUAUGAUCAUCAACAUGGCAGAUAGGUAGCACGUAAUGUUUAACAAUUUCAUUUGGAAAAUUGUACUCCUCAUUUGUUCCUAUCUCUGCUAUUCAUCUUAAUCCAAUAUAGUGCAGCACUUUGAAGGGAAUAAUGCCAUAAGAUAGGCUGUGAGAGGUUCUAUAAGUCAUGCCAUGUUAAAAAAAACACAGUCAUGUUAUUCCUGUGUGUCAUUCAAAAUUGCAAUGUGUGGUUUAACGUUGCAAGGAUGAGAUACUCCUUUGAAGAAUAAAGGACACUGUAUCUUCACUGAAUCUCUGUCUUUUAGUGACAGAAUCAAGGAGGGGGUCAUGAGCAGUGCAGCUGUGUAUAGAAGGGCAAAGGAACUGACUUUUUACAGCCUUUGUGGAAUCUUCUAGGUUGUUGUGCAGCCACAAGGCUUACAGGGAACGUUACUCAUGAUCUCCUUCAAUCCCCCAAAACACUCAUAUCCACUUUGAACAACUUCAUACAUCAGAACUUGGUCAAAACAACAUGUAUUUUGGCCAACACAAACAAAGUUGCUGGAGAAGCUCAGCAAGUCUGGCAGCAUCUGUGAAGGGAAAAAUCAGUUAACAUUUCGGGUCUGGUGACCCUUCCUCAGAACAAUUUUGGCCAUUUCAUUUUAAAAUUUCAUGUAAUGAUAUUGUCUUUUUAACUCUGAAGCAAACAGCAACUUGCUAUUGAAGGUAUUGUCAUAAUUCUCCUGUCAUGUGCCAUCUCAUCUAAAUCUGAAUUUCACGCACACUCCACACAACCAAGUCUUUCAUCCUUUGCUCCAAUCCUGUUUUUUUUUUAAUUCUUUGACAGGAUAAGAAAAAAAAUAAAAUGAAACUUGCUGACAAAAGAUUCAACAGGAUAUCAGGGUGAGAUUUUAAUUCCCUGAAAACCAAUGCAAUUAUGCGGUUAAAGUCAGGCUGCAAUGUCAUGCACAAUAUUACACAGAUCAGUAGGUGAAAUAAAUCAAGAUACAUCGGACAUAAGAUACCACUUAUGUUUGGAAGGGAAUAAUGACUAGGAAUUAUGUUUUAAAAGUUGAGAACAGAAACAAACGAAAGAAACAAACAUGCCUCUCCUAAAAGUACAAAUAGAAAUUAUUUCUGUCUUAAUUUGUGAAUAUGUUGCUACUUGAAUGCAAUAGAAUAUUUAUGGUCCCUCAGCUGCAGAACUGGUGACUCUUCAUGCUAAAUUGUGUAAUGUCAUUUCUUUGAUGAAGCGAUUUUCUCCCAUCACUAAUUCUGUUCGAAAGGUGUUUAUGAAGGCCGGUAUGUAGAUAUUUCUCGCAACAAUGAUAAACAAUCAUAAGAAACAGUUUACUGUGGCUUUUGGAUUGCCUGUAGAUUAUGGGAUCACCCUACUCAUAACCAAUGUCCAAUUUAUAAGCCCAUUCCAACAAUAAUCACCAGAUGGUGACCAAGAGUGCAACCCAAAUCGGUGGAAACUGGUAUAAUAACACACAAACACCCUGAAGGCAUUUAGCUAAUUGAGACAGACCAGGGUUCAUUUUUUUGUGCUCCUGAGAUGCUGCUUGGCCUGCUGUGUUCAUCCAGCCUCACAUUUUAUUAUCUUGGAAUUCUCCAGCAUCUGCAGUUCCCAUUAUCUCUUUCAAAUAGAAGAUCUUAUUUGUGUAUUUAGUUCAACAGAGCGCCAGUUAAAGCAUUUCCCAAAUAAGGCAUUGACAAAACCAUUGCUGAAAUCUGUAACAAAACGAAAUAUAAGAUUGUAUCCAAUAGAAUGAAAUAGGUUGGUUGAGUUAAAGAAAUGUUUAGACCCAGAUAUGCAUGUAACAGGACAUUUGUAUCAUUGCUUGGUUAAAAAUUUGGAGCUUGAUAACAAGCUGUGAAUGUCAAGACCUUGUCAUAAAUUGGAUCAUACUGCAUUAGCAUGUUGAGUAGGUGCACUCAACUGUACAUUGGUUUCUGGUUAAAUUCUGGUUUAAUCACAGCCUUCAUUUAAGCAGUAAUGGAGAAGCAGCGAUACAGUAGCUUGCAAUUAAGAGCAAUCAGUCAAGCUGCUUCUCAGUCACCACAUACUGAGCAAGCAUGCUUUCGUUAUUACUGUUAAAUUCAUAUCUUAACUGCAUCUAUUCUCGCAUUUUCCAUCACAAAUUGGUGAUUGUCAUUUCUUUAAGUAUCCAGCAGGAUCUUCAAAAUAAUAUUUGUAAUUAUUUAAGAUGCUUUAUGCAGAAAGUUUGCUCAAGAACUCAGAUUCCAAGUUUGUUGAUUCAGUGUGUCAGAAAUUAAUGUGAAAUUGACAUUUGGAUCAUUUGAAAAAAGGACAGUGUAGUGUUAACUGAAGUACAAGUGAAGGUAUCUCAGUUACCUUACAGAUAUUCACAAAAGACUGGAUAACCAGAUACAGAAAACAUUGGCAUGUUUUUGACCAGUAUGAGGAAGAGAAACCUAAAAUGAAUUUUGGUAGGAUAAUUGCAACCAAUGUUUUUCAUAAGAUUGUCAAGGUACAAAGACAGUGUAGUGAUGUCACCUUUGGGUGUUCAAAAUGCUGGAUUACGUAUGAAAAUUGGGUGCAGCACAAACCAAUUUUGUGCAACGCUUUUUCCUCUAUAUUAUUCGUAGAACUAAGGCAACUUCAGAAGAGCUUUAUUAAGCCAUACAAUGGCAAAAGAUCAACAUAGUUUCAUGUAAGCCUGCAUCCAUAAAUUUUCACAGGUUUCAUCGGUGGCUUGUCUUUUCAGUGUCCUAUAGCAUCAGUGGCUUUCAAUGUAUCGCUCAGAUUUAAUCUCUAACCUCCAACGCUGAUGCUGCCUAUCUCGCAAUGAAACUCUGGAUUACUUCCAGUGAACCGGAGCAAAAAGGAUAGAGUUCCUACAAUGUCAUUUCAAACAAAAAAGCAAAAUAUGUGAGAAAAAUACAGUAAACUAUUUAAAAUUGGUUCUGUUUGUUACAUUGUAUACUUAUUGUAAAUAUGAAUCACUCGUAUUUUGCAAGCUGGAAUCACUUUGUACUGUUGUUGUAGAUAA